UUAGAUUUCGGCACUUUUUCUGCUGUAUAAAAGCCUAUCAAGGAGGGAGUUUUUUAUACCAAGGAUUUAUUUAGCACCGAGUGAAAUUUAUUCGCUGUUUGUUAUGAAGAGAUGUUUUUGAACAAUGAUCAAGUAUUUACAAGAAAUGUGGUUUUGAGAGAAUUGUUGCAAUAAUGCAAUUGAUGUGAUUAGAAAAUAAGCUGUGAUCAGUGAAUGCUGGGACAAGGAUCUAUUCUGGGAAGAAACACUCUUUAGGUCUUCAGUAGGAUAUUGUCAUGUCUUUGGAAGCAAGUGAUAGUUGGAUUGGCCAUCUGGCUAUAACUAUUGGCACAACAGAACCUGCUCUACGUUUACUUCUAUCUAUUCUUGUCGGCUAUCCGUUGGCAAUUGUUCAUCGACAGUUCCUUUUUCACAAGUCACCAUCACUUCAACAUAUAUUCUUCCUGCUGUGUGGACUUACAUUGGGAUAUUUCAAUUAUGGUUUAGAAGUUUUACAUUCUGUGAUAUGUGUAGUGAUCUUGUAUCUCAACCUGCUUUUUAUUGGGGGAACAGUCUUAUCAGUUAUUUUUUCUAUUUCAUUUUUCAUGGGCUACCUUCUUAUUGGCUAUUAUUAUACUGGAACUCAAGAUUACGACAUCAAGUGGACCAUACCUCACUGUGUUCUGACAUUACGAUUAAUUGGGGUUUCAUAUGAUGUGUAUGAUGGAAGAAAAAGAGUGGAAAAGCUUUCAGAAGACCAAAAAAAAACUGCUCUAGUCAAAGCUCCAUCUCUACUGGAGAUAGGAGGACAUACAUACUUUUUUGGAGGCUUUUUAGUAGGCCCACAGUUUUCUAUGAGAAGAUACAUGGAUUUUGUUGGUGGUGUGUUUGUAGACAAGAAGGGACAAAAGCCAGCUUGUAUUUUACCUGCUUUGUCUCGUCUGGCUCUUGGAUUAAUUAUACUUGGAGUUUUUCAGAUAGGGACGUUAUUCAUUCCAGAACAAUAUAUUCUUACUAUUUCAUUUGAGCAAGAAGUUUUUUGGAAGAAGAUGUUAAUAAUGACACUUUGGGGAAAGAUUGUCCUCUACAAAUAUGUAGCUUGUUGGCUUCUUUCUGAAGGAAGCUGUACUAUGACUGGCCUGACAUACAAUGGACAGGAUAAGAAUGGCAUUGACCUGUGGGAUGGAUGCUGCAAUGUUAAAAUCUGGGACUAUGAGACAACUUGUACCUUUGAUGGAUUGAUUCAGUCUUUUAAUAUUAAUACAAAUCAUUGGGUGGCUCGAUACAUUUUCAAACGGCUGAGGUUCUUAGGAAACAAACUACUGUCACAAGCAGUUACCUUACUGUUUCUAGCAAUGUGGCAUGGGCUCCAUUCUGGAUACUAUGUGUGUUUCUUUAACGAGUUUUUAGUCAUGAAGGUGGAGAGAGAUGUAACAUCCUUAACGGAUAGGUUGCCAGCUGUCAAGGCAUUCCUGAACUUAAGUUCCUUACAGCUACCAAUUUAUAUUCUGAAGAAAUUUUAUUUGCUUUUUGGCAUGAGCUACUGUGUGAUGCCAUUUGUUCUUUUAUCAGCAUCAAGGUGGUUAAAGGUUUAUUCCUCACUAUACUUUGUCUGCCACAUUAUUUACAUAGGGUGGCAUGUGACUUACUUUGUUAUGAAGAAGAUGAAAUUGGUACCAAGAUUAAAUCCAGAUAUAGCAAAGAAUGAAUAGACACUUGAAGCAUGAAUAUAUUUUGAUAACCAAAGCUUCCAAAUUCUUCCUUUUUUUAAAAAUAAAACUGCUGUUGCUGUUCUUUUAAUAAUUUGUCAUACACUUUUGAAAGUUUUCUGCUAUUGCAACUGCUAGACUAAAUGAUACUCAUUCAUUUUGAAUCCAUGACUCCGCAAGGACUUUUUAUACAUUAACAUCUCAUAAGCAAAUGAAAAAGUUGUAUACUAUAGAUGUUAUGAGUUUUGUGUAAAACUUAAGCUUCCUUAAGUGAAAUAAUUGAAUCGUUGAUAAAUUUCUAAGUAGAUUUCUUAUAUUAAAUAUACGGAGUAAUUAUGCUAGUCUGCUGGAGGUUGAUAAUAUAAAUUUAUGGGCUGUUUUCGAAGACACUACUUCUGGUUUAAGAAUAUCGUAUGAAAAUGUUGAAGUUUAAACCAAAAUAUAUCAUAUAAGUUUUGUCUUAAUAUAACAAUUAUAAAAUAUGUAUCUAGCAUUAAAUUCCUGCCAGUAUAGCAUGUGAUAGGAAAUAAGGAAAUGUUUCAUAUGUGCUAUAUUUCCUUUAUUAAUGUAAUUUACCAUUUUUUAAUGUAUAAAGAUUGAUUAAAUAAGAAAGUAGAGUACAUGCAUAAGAUGUAGUCACUAGUUUGUUCUUUAAGUGUUUGUUAGAAAAUUAUUGAACAUCAUAACUUUUGUGUAAUUGGUAAGGGAAAAAGAUAAAAUACAUAAAAGCGUACAGGAGUUUUUCAACAGCUACAAAGCUGCUAAUGAAUUCAUAAUAAUAGGCUUUAUGAAUUCUUCUGGUAAAAAAACAGGUAAAGCUGUGAUAAUUUUAUGGGUGCUACUUUGGGGAAAAUUAUUUAAAAAAUUCCCUUAAUAACAUUAUGGUAAGGCGUAGAAAUGUUGAAAGAAAGGCUUGGUUUUAAAGAACAAUAUAUAUAUAUAAUAUCCAAGAAUAUGUCUUCUUACAGAUAUAAAAUGACGUUGUGUUUAAAGGAAUAAUAAUGUACUGUGUAAUGCUCUACAAGACAAUAUUGCGUUUAUGUACAGAUCUAGUUUUAGGUCAUAACAGCUUAAAAUUUACACUGUAGCAUCCCUCACAUGCUAUUUAUAGUGUUCUUCUCUACUGCUUGGGAUUAAGUUAUAAUGUAUUUCUACAUUUUGGAGUUAAUCUGUAAUGCACUUUACAAUCUGAAGUUGACUUUCAGUUCUAAUGUACUCUUUUUUUACAGUUUAAACUUAAUUGAUAUUUCCUAAUUAAGCUUUUGUAACAUUUAAUAAUAGUUAGUAUCUCCUGAUCAGGCUUUUGUAACAUUCAACUAAUAGUUGGUUUCUCUUGAUCAGCUGGUGAUUUUGUUUUUACAUGAACUCCAUAGUGCUUUUAUCUUGCUGUCUGAUGUAAACUGUUAUGUUUAUUUUACAAGGUUUUUCUACUGUGUAUACUUUAAAAGGUUGUUAGUAAUUCAGGAGAUUGAUACAAGUGAGAUCUUAGAUGAAAAAGCGUUAUGUUUGCUGCUUCUACUUUAGUCACUUGUAAUCCUUUGCUGCAGAAAAUAUCCCCCUUAAUAUGUGGAUAGAUCUAAACUUCACAUUAUACAUUGUCGUUAAAUACAUAAUAUAUAUUUAUGAGGUUAGUGUCCAAAAUUCAAGCAUUGGAACACUGAGCACCAAAGCUAGAAACGUGACUUAAAAUUCAUCUCAGGAAGGUUAGUUACUUCUGUCACAAAUUAGCUGAUGAAACGAAAUACUACAAAUUUAUUCUUGAGUGGUUUAAACAGAUUUUUUUUAAUCAUUCUUUCUAAACUAGGUGUUAUCUUGUAAUAAAAACGUGUAUUUGUAGAUUUAAGUACUUGAUUUUUUUGCAAUGAACGUUUAUAGUAAACAGUAAAAAAGAUGUUUUCUUGUCAUGUAUUGAUAAAAUAAUUACUUGUUCUUCAUGAAGUACAAGGUGAUAUCAAAAUAUAAUUUACUUUCUUUAGCCAGAUUCUUUAUGUAUGAUUAAUUCCCUAAAGUAAGGCUCUUCUUUCAAAGAAUUUUAAUAGAUGUACUCAUAAGUUCGUUUUUCCAUAAUAAGAAAUUUUCAGUGGUGGUUUAAAUUUUUGUGGAGAGUAUUGUUUUGUUUAGGGUAAACUGAAAAUAAAAAAAUAAUAUCCUACACUAAUUUUGUGAAAACUGCAGAGUAGAAGAUUAUCUGUAGUUGUUUUUAGAUUCGUUUUAAAAAGAAAUCUUAUUCAUGAGGUUAAAAGAAAUGUUGAGUACAAAUUAUAAAAAAAUAAAUAAACAUUUUGUUUUCUAUUAC